AUGUUCAAGCCAGUAGAGUUCUCACACAAUGUUUCAGCGGCGAGUUCAGAUUCGGAAGUGGAGCCUUUAGAAAACCACCAGUUGCAGAAUCAUGAGCCAGAAAAACACGUUCGUCUUGAUGUGGGUACAAAGUCAGGAAACCCUGUGUCACCUAAUGACCAAGAUUACGAACUUCCUGUUUUCCAGAAACGUCCAUUGAGUGAUACUCCAGUAGGAUCGUAUUACAACUCCCCCAGCGACUCACAAGAAAAUUCAAGCGAUACGACACCUGUUCCUUCGUCUCACAACAGUUCCAGUGAUCUUCGAGACUUGCAGAAAACGCCUGGGGUAAGCGGUAACUCUGAAUUGCCCAAUAACUCCCAGUUCAUACAUCCCAAGGUGAGACCGACGACGAUAGACGUUCCGGGACUAACCAAAUCUAGAACAUCGCCAGAUGGAACAAUUUCGAAUAAAGACCCCGGAUCCAAGCUUGUUAUCGUGAUGGUAGGGCUGCCAGCUACAGGAAAGUCGUUUAUCACCAACAAGCUUUCUAGAUUUUUGAAUUACUCGAUGUACUACUGCAAAGUAUUUAAUGUGGGCAACACUCGUCGUCAGUUCGCCAAGGAACACAACCUACAAGAUCAAGAUUCAAAUUUCUUUGACCCUGGCAAUCCAGAAAGCAAAGCGUUGAGGGAGAAAUGGGCCAUGGACACUUUAGAUCAGCUUUUAGAUUAUCUUUUGGAUGGACCUGGCUCAGUGGGAAUUUUCGAUGCUACUAAUUCCAAUAAGAGUCGGAGAAAGAAAGUACUAGAAAAAAUACACUCACGGAAUACACAAAUCAAAGUACUAUUUCUGGAAAGUGUGUGUUCCGACAAAGCAACGGUCGAAAAAAAUAUUCAGCUCAAGUUGUUUGGUCCCGACUACAAGGGCAAAGACCCAGAAACAUCUCUACAGGACUUUAAAGAGAGGCUUUCGAACUACGUUACAGCUUACGAACAGGUUGAGGAUGAUGAAGACUUGCAGUAUAUCAAGAUGAUCGAUGUGGGUAAAAAGAUAAUAUCCUACAAUAUUCAGGGCUUUUUAGCAUCUCAAACCGUGUACUAUCUUUUGAACUUCAAUUUAGCAGAGAGACAAAUUUGGAUUACGCGUAACGGAGAAAGUGAAUACAAUGUACAAGGCAAAAUUGGGGGAGAUUCCGGUUUGACCCCACGCGGUAGGCGAUAUGCAAAAGCUUUGGCGAAGUUCAUCGACGAGCAAAGAGUUGCAUUUACGGAGAAUGAAAUGAAAGCACAGCUAGAGAACAGAGUCGAUGGUAAAAAUUUCAGUGCUACAGAGUUUUUCGUCUGGACAUCCAUGCUCCAAAGAGCGGUUGAAACCGGGAACUAUUUUAACGAAGACGACUAUCCUAACAAACAAAUGCGAAUGCUAGAUGAGCUAAGUGCUGGAGAUUCCGAAGGCUUAACGUACGCUGAGAUUCAAUCCAAAUAUCCUGAAGAGUUUGAAGAGAGACUAAACGAUAAGCUGAGGUAUAGAUAUCCAGGAAUUGGUGGCGAGUCUUACAUGGACGUGAUCAACCGCUUAAGGCCGGUUAUUACGGAAAUCGAGAGAAUAAAAGAAAACUUGUUAAUUGUCACUCAUCGAGUAGUAGCUCGUGUUCUUUUAGGGUACUUCUUAAACCUAAGCCGAGACAUCAUAGCCAACCUUGAUGUCCCACUCCACUGUGUAUAUUGCCUGGAGCCUAAACCAUACGGGGUAACGUGGUCUUUAUUCGAAUAUGACGAAACAAAGGACACGUUCUUCAAAGUUCCUCACACAGAGCUUAACACUAUGAAGGUUAAAGAAGUUGGACUCGUACAUUCGGAGAGACGUUACUCGAUUGUUCCGACGGCGCCUCCCAGUGUUGCUAACACUAAAGGUGAGUUUAUGACGAGCAAUGCAAGCUCCACCAGUCUAACAAAAACUGGCUCAAGUGCUCCUUCGAAACCCAACCAAAGUCAACGAUUUCCGACCGUAGGAGGAGGAAUGACGAUUGCAAGGCCGAGUUUGAGGCCACAAACUUCUCAUCCAGCCAGUUCAAGUAGAUUUGCGAGAAGCGUUUCAGGCAGUAAAGACGUUUUUGAAAAUCGGUCCAUAUCCACCCCACCUCUGCUCGGCGGUCACCAAGAAAUUGAGUUGAACAAAUUGAAUGAAAAGUUGGCUCUUUUAGGAAAGCCUGAUUCGCGCAGAGGCAAUGCGUCCAGUCCAACACACAUGAGCAGAAGUCAAAGUGAAAUUUGA